AUCCAACUCCCGCCAACAACCAUGAACAGAGCGCUGCAAAAGGUCGUCGUAGUCGUUGGCACAACCGGCGCUGGCAAGACGAAGUUGUCGGUAGAACUGGCCAAGGCGUUCAAUGGAGAGAUUGUCAAUUCGGACGCGAUGCAGAUGUAUCGCGGCCUGGACAUCGCCACGGCAAAAGCGUCCGUGGAUGAGAUGCAAGGCAUCAAACACCACCUGCUCAGCUGCAUGGACCCUGUCGACGAGUGCACCGUGAUAGAAUACAAAGCCCAGGCCAUGGCGACUAUCCACGACAUCCUCUCCAGAGGAAAGGUUCCAGUUAUUGUCGGCGGUACGAUGUACUACACGCAAUCCAUUUUGUGGAAAGCUCAACUGAUCGAAGAAGCGGCCGGUGUCAAUGGCAACGACAACGCAGCCAUUCCUGCAGACGCAGACGCAGCGUACCAAGCUCUCGUGCAAAUUGACCCGGAGAUGGCCCAGCGAUUGCAUUCGAGGGACGUUCGACGGGUCCAGCGCAGCUUGGAGGUGUUUUACCAAACAGGAGUGAAACACAGCGAACUGAUUGCCAAGCAAGCUCACGAGAACGACGAGAUGUUGUUCGAUGCGUGCAUGUUGUGGGUGGAUUGCGAUCGAUCGGUGCUGGCACAGCGCUUGGAUGACCGAGUCGAUACGAUGGUUCAAGCUGGCUUGGUCCUGGAGAUCGAGGCUUUAAUGGACAACAUUCAGCACCACUUGGCGGCAUCUCCGAUUCCGCUUGGACAGAAAGGCAUUUCCCAAGCUAUUGGAUUCAAAGAGUUUCGGCCGUACCUGGAAGCAAGAGCCGCCGGUCACGACACGGCGACUGUGCUGGAGCAGUGCAUUGAGCAACUGAAAAUUGGCACUCGACAGUACGCCAAGCGACAGCUCACGUGGAUUCGAAAUCGCAUCGUGCCACGGAACAUACCAGUUUAUAAGCUCGACACGACGGAUGUCGCGCAAUGGCCAACAAAUGUGACGGCCCCAGCCAUGGCUAUCGUGUCGGCCUUUCUCAAGAACGAAUCUAUUGACGUUCCCGCAUGUGUUGCGUCGGUCGACGUCGACAGUGCCGACAAGAAGGUCAAGAAUCUAUGCGAGCCAUGCGGGAAUCGCGAGUUCGUCGGGCUAGCACAGUGGAACGAGCACUUGCGAUCCAAGGGUCACCGAUAUCACAUGAAGCGAUUGCGACUGCUUGAAACCGGUCAAUUGUUUGACCGGCCACCACCCAAGAAGCCCAAGGACAAGACAGAAGGCAUGGAGCCCAAAGAGAUGGGCGGUGCAUCUGCAACACGUAGUCCAUGAGGGAGAACGUUCAUGUGCCUACAUCUCUCGAUCUGCAUCAUGCACUCCUCGAACCGAAAAAUUGGUCAAUUUUGGUGCUUCAGGCCAUAACCAUUAGCAGAGCUGCUACUGGCAUAUCGCUGUACAAUUGUUGUUUCGAC